AUGCACAAGCACAGACUCAGUGCUCAUGCUCAUGCUCAUGCUUAUGCUUAUGCUCAUGCUCAUGCUCGUGCUCAUGCUCAUGCUCAUGCUCAUGCUCAUGCUCAUGCUCAUGCUCAUGCUCAUGCUCAUGCUCAUGCUCAGGCUCAGGCUGAAGCUCAUGCUCAGGCCAGUUGCUCAGUCUCAGACUCAGGCUCGAGCUGA